AACCGUUAUGUAUGAGCGCACUUUUGAAUAUACAUAACGGUUUUAUGGAUCUCUGUUAUGUAUGUAGUGUUAUCUAAAUGUAUUUAUAACAGUAUCAAAUUAAGCGUUACAUAAUAACGUUAUCUAUUUAUGAUAUAUAUAACAGUGCUAUUGAACCGUUAACCCAAUCGUUAUGUAUGAGCAUGGAUUCAACAACGAUUGUUUCAGCGUUAAGAAUACCGUUAUGUAUGAGCGUAAUUUAUAACGGUAGUUGUAACCGUUAUUCCCUAUUGUUAUCUAUGAGUUUUUUUUUUUUAUAUAAAAAAAACAAAAUUAUUCUUCUAAAAACUAAAUAUAACCCUCCCGCCACCCAAAUCACCAAAUCAUCUCCUUCCUUAUACUCAAUUUCCCCCUCCCCCGUCUGCCUUCGCCCGCUCCGUCCCUUCUACCUGCCACCGCGCGCCGCCCUCGCUUCAGCCGUGCGCCCCCUGCCACCCCUCCUUGCAGAGACUGCACCGUGCAGUCGCGCAUAGGGCUGAGCCCCUGCCUGGCCUUUCCAGUCGCCCCAGGGUCCAGCCGUGCCCCCAGCCUCCCCCAGAGUUCAGACGGCCACCGCGAGCCGGCCUCGCCAGCCGGAGCUAAAUUAGUGUCCGAUUUCUCCGAUUCUCUCUGGCAGUGAGAAUGCUAUGGGGCUAAAGUGUUGUUUGCAGUUGCAGUCUGCCAGCAUUAAAAUGGCUUUGAACUUGGAUGUUGGGGUGGCGACCUCACUCAUCAAAUGCUAUUCAACUCUUUCUGGAGAUGUUGGUGCUUGUCGUAAGCUCUUCUUGGAGACGAGUGUUGUGGAUCGCGACAUUGUUAUGUGGACUGGUGUUAUGGCUGCAUCUGUUGAAAGGGACCAUGCUCAAGUUGUAGUCCUUUUCAACCAGAUGCGUUGGGAGGAUGAUUUCUAUCCGGAUUGCUAUGUAUUCACCGUGUUGUUAAAAGCUUGUGCGAAUCUGGUGACGGAGAGUGCUGCUGCUGCAGUGCAUGGUCAGGUAGUCAGAGCAGGUUUUCUAAAUGGAAUUGAGCUUGAUAAUGCUUUGAUUCAUGCUUAUUCCAGGUGUGGUUCCGUUGAUAAUGCUGAGCGAGUUUUCCAUGACAUGUCAUCAAGGGAUGUUGUCUCUUGGAAUUCAAUGUUGAAGGCUUAUGUUGUGCAUGGAAAGGCUGAGACAUCUUCGGAUUUGUUCGCACAGAUGGAUGUUGCACCGGAUGAAGCAACUUUUGUCGCGCUUAUGACAUCUUGCAGUCAUGCCGGGAUGGUGAAGGAAGGGAUUGAGAUGUUUGAUACCAUGCGCGAGAGAUAUGGUAUAGCUCCUCAACUUGAUCAUUAUGCUUGUAUGGUUGAUAUUCUAGGGAGAUCUGGCCGUUUAUCGGAGGCUGAAAACAUCAUAAGAAAUAUGCCUAUGCAACCGGAUUGUGUUAUCUGGAGUGCUUUUCUAGGAGGAUGUAGGAAACAUGGAGAAAUAGAGGCAGCCGAGUUAGCAUCACAAAAGUUGCAGGAAUUGGAUCCUAUAUAUUUUUGUUAUAUUUGGAAAGUGAGGAUUAUUUUGAUCUAUAUCCGUAAGCUUUGGCAUUUUGUUUAACAUGGCUCUGUUUUUCGGGUUAGGAAGUUGCUGGAUAUGGGUGAUAGGGCAACAUGGUUGUGUGUUUCUCAGUCUUCUGAUGUAUCUGGAGAAUAAAUCGUAUGAUAUGUGUGACCAAUAAGGUUUAUCUUCUUGGUUUUACAUGAAUUGAUUUGAAAAAAUCAAUUGUUGUCUCUUAGAUAUCUGGUUAUCAGAAUUUUAAUAGCUUCAGACAUUAUAUAAAAUAUGAUAUAUCUAUAUAUCUUGUCUGCGGAAUGCAUCUACAGUGCUCUUGAUGCUUAGUUGUUAGAUCGUAGAGCUUCCUCACCCGAAGCAGCCAGCAUUUCUUGGGAUACAGAGCCUUAACUUUGCUUGUAUCUUUUCAAUUUGCUUGUGCUGGUGCAUGUGCAUUUUAUUAUGCUUAGGUUUUCUGAUGCCAAAUAACAAUUAGUAGUUGGAAAUUAUAUGAUAACGUGAUGUCACUGAGGGCUACUGAUUUGAUUUUGUGCAGAACAUGUUAUACAUUGCAUAAUUGUUUGACUCUUAAUUUGUAUGUUCUAUUAUAGGAUGGUAAGCUGAAUUCACUAGAAGACAAGCAGGCGAACUACUUUUUUACAACUGAGUAUUAUGAGUCUCUUCUCUAUGAUUUUGCUCUGCAAGUUACUUCUCCGAAUUAAUUUUUUGCUUAGUAUGAAUUAAUUAUGCUUCUUGACUUUGUGCAGGUUCGGGUUUUGCUUCAAAUGAGAUGUUCUUGUUUGGGCAGUUUGUGGCUUUUUAUGUAAGUCCAUAUAUAAUAUUAAUGUCUUACUAAGUGAUGAUAUUUAGUUGUUUGGGCAGAUGGUGAUUUACCUAUUACUAUGGACAGGUUAUGAUGAGAUUAUUUGUUAACUUGUAAUGAAAAUCACAGCUCUAUUAUUUUCUCGACUUGUGUUAUGUUUGAGAUGUGCAGGAUAGGAAGCUUGGGAUCAAUUCAAUGAAUUGGGUAAAUCAUCAAGAUUUAGUACCUUCACAAUGCAUCGGACUUAGAAUUGAUUGUGUUUGAUUUUCAGAUUUCAUUUCGCAUUUUUGCAGGAUGGAAGUUUGGAUGGAUGAAUGGAAUGUUGUUGACUGAAAGCUACUUCAGAGUACUUAUUUUUUGUUGAAAAUUGUAAAUUGACUAUUCUAGCUACUUAGAUACAUUACUUGGUUGGUUAAUAUUUAACAGUUUGAUUAUGGAUGGAUGGA